AUGUCAGCCGACGACCAGCAAUUCCUCGACAUGUCACUUUCGUCGAUACCCAAUCACGUCAAACAGUAUUCAUCUGAAGUCGCCGAUUUAAUCGAUCACCAUGUCGACAAACUUGCAGAGCAAGUCCGGGACACUCUAUCGACCCAAGAAUGGAUCCCAGACGUCGUUCGCCCCCGCGGUAGACCGCAACCAUCCCACACAGCCCUCUCAAUACCGUCCUCGGCAUACGAAAGAGUCCAAGAAUGGUUCCACAGGCACAAGCUCCUGACGGGCCUCGUGACCCUCACGGUAGGCGUGCUCGUCUACCGAGGCUACAGGAAGGGAAAGUACAGUCGGAAGACGCGAAGGGCACGGCGUGCACGGAAUGGGGCUCGACUCGAAGUUGUGGUCGUCGCCGGUGAUCCAAAACUUCCCCUGACGAGGUCACUAUCGCUGGAUCUUGAGAGACGUGGAUUCAUUGUCUAUAUUGCUUGCAAUACGCUGGACGAUGAGGCCAUAGUUCAAAAUCUGUCCCGACCAGACGUACGACCGCUUGGAAUAGAUAUCACAGAUCCCACAAGCGCCGGCGCCUCCAUCGACCGCUUUGCUACAUACCUCCAGACUCCCCACGCUGCUGUCCCGGGCGCCAAGCAGAACUACCUCGGCCUGAGAUCUGUCAUACUCAUCCCGUCUCUGAACUAUCAGACCUCGCCUAUAGCAACAAUCCCGCCGUCAAAUUUCGCAGAUCUCUUCAACACACACCUACUCUACCCCAUACUCACCAUCCAAGCAUUCCUUCCACUCCUGACUGCCAAGCUCACCUCUUCCGAUGCCGAAAAGCCGCCCCCCAAAGUCAUCGUCUUCACUCCUGCAAUCAUGUCGUCCAUAAACCCACCCUUUCACGCCCCCGAGGCAACAGUUUGCUCUGCGCUGUCCGCUUUCACUGAGGUCCUAGCUGGUGAGCUGCGGCCGUUGUCCGUACCAGUGACGCACGUGCAGUUAGGCACCUUCGAUUUCUCCGGCUUUACUCCCUCAGCCCUGCGCUCUCACCAGCUGAGCGGCCUGCUGACUGCCUCACCGGCGGAGACGCUCACAUGGCCUGACGCUGCAAGGAAGACGUACGGGCGCAACUUCGUCAAUACGUCUGCCUCUGCAAUCUCGGCAGGACGUGUUCGGGGUAUGAGGGGCUCCUCCCUCAGAGAUCUACACAACGUUGUAUUUGAUGUUAUUGAUGGAUCAAAUACUAGCAAUAUAGUGAGAGUGGGUCUGGGUGCAGAUUUAUACGGCUUUGUUGGGAGAUGGGUGCCGCGGGAUCUGGUGCAAUGGAUGAUGGGCCACAGGAAGGUAAAUGAGAUGUCGAGCUGGCAAGGGAGUCAUCAGCCGAGCCCAAAAUUGGGUAGCGAGAGUGGAGACGGUUCGAGCCGACCUGGGUCGGACUUCUAG